AUGACCUUGUCUCAACCAUCAUCAUCACCCUCUUCCAACAACAACAACAACCAUCAUCAUAUUCGCCCUCUUUUCAUCUCAAUUGGUGCCAAUAGAAUUUCUGGAUGCUCGGAUUGGUAUCGAUUACCUUCGGAUAUCUAUAACACACAAGUCUUCACCAAGCCUAUUGAUUACAAUACGAUUAGCGAGUCCAAUCAUUGUAUCCGAGUGUCUCCUCAAGAAGAACAAGGCUCAUCCAUCCGAGACAAGUACAAACAUUUGGAUUUAUUUGCAUAUGCUGCAAAUCAAUUCGUUGCCAUCUACUCUCCAUAUUACAAUCGAGUAUUAUGCACAUUGAAAGGUCAUGAUGAGAGAGUCAAUUCCGUUCAAUUCUUGAUAUAUCCAAACAAGAAUCAAUUUCAAACUCAUACUCUUUAUAUGGCUAGCGUGGGUGGAAAACAAUUAUUGAUUUGGAAAUUGAAUAUCCAUUCAAAUGAUCCUUCACAAAUUGACUAUGAAAUUGUUCAAAAGAUUUCCACAAAAACACAUCUCACCAAAGUGGCUGCACUCAAUCAUUCUCAUAUUGCAGUGUGUGACUCUGAUGGAAAUGUUUUUGUGUACUCUUCAAAAGAUAGUCAUAACCAAUAUGAAUUGAUUCAAACAUUUAAACAUUCUAAAUCAAUGGAGGCUAUUUCUAUGGUUGACCUUUUCAAUAGUGGUCAAAUUAUGGUUGCAUGUGGUGGAGUAGAUUUUAAUAUUUAUUUAUAUUUUUUGAAUCCAAAUCACACCAAACCAAUUUUAACAUUGAAAGGUCAUGAAGAUUGGAUUCGAUCUCUUGCAUUCAAAUACAUUGAACAAGAAAAUGCUGUUUAUUUGGCAAGUGCAUCACAAGAUAACAGAAUUAGAAUUUGGAAGAUGAUUCCAUCAAAAGAUCAAACCUUGGUCCAAGCAAGUUCAGAUUCUUUAUUAGAAGAAGAGUUACUUGUGAAUUUAUACAACACUCAUCAUUUUACAAGUAUUGAUUCCUCCACUCAUUAUCAAUUAACAUUGGAUACCUUAUUAACAGGUCAUGAAGAUUGGGUUCAUUCUCUCAAUUGGCAUCCAUGUCCUAAUUUAUUACAAUUAUUGAGUACUUCAAUGGAUCGAACCAUGAUGAUAUGGUCACCGACAUCGAAUCAUGGUGUUUGGUUGAAUCAAUUCAGAAUGGGUGAAUUUGGAGGUCUAAGUGGUCUCUUUGGUCAAAUGGGUUAUUUCAGUGGAUGUUUUUCAAUGUUUGGAGAUUUUUGUAUGGGAACAGCAUUUCAUGGAAGUUUCCAUUUAUGGAAAUUGAAGGAACAUGAAAAUGAAUGGAAACCCAUGGUGAGCAUUUCUGGACAUUUCAAUAGUGUGAUGGACUUGGAUAUUGAACCUUCAAAAGAUGGUAUUUAUUUCAUGACUACAAGUACGGAUCAAACCACACGAUGUUUCACAUGGGUGGAUACAAUUAAUGAUGAGACUGCAACUACUACUACCAAUACCACCACUAUUACCACUGGCACUACUACUACUAAUACUACUACCAAUACCACCACUCCUACUCGUUCCAAUGACUCUCUCAAUUAUCAAACCUGUGAAGAGAGAUCCAUUCGAGAAAUUGCUCGUACUCAAAUUCAUGGCUAUGAUAUGAAUUGUCUCACUUUCACAGACUAUUAUUCCUUUGCAAGUGGUGGUGAUGAAAAAGUCAUUCGAUACUUUGAUGCUCCUCAAUCUUUUAUCAACACUCUUUGUCUCUUAAAUUCAACAAUGGGUAAAAAACAUUAUGAAUGGUAUGGAAAUUCAAAGAAAGAAAGAGUCAUGGCAGCCACAGUUCCACCACUUGGUCUCACGAACAAGUCUGUUAAAGAAGGUGAAGAGAAAGACAUGAUUACAGUGAAUGAAUUUGAUUAUCAAGAUGAAGGUGGUGAUGAAGAAGAUGCUUUUAUUGAAAACGGUACAACAUUAGAUGGUCAAAAAUCAAAUCCAUUCUCUUCCAUAUUUGCAAAUGGAAAUGCAAGUGCAUUACCUCAUCCACCCUUUGAAACUCAACUCUUACAAUUAACCUUAUGGCCAGAACAACAAAAACUCUAUGGACAUGCCAAUGAAAUGAUUUGUGUUCAAUCCAAUCAUUGUAAAAGUGUAUUGGCAAGUGCUUGUUCAGCCAAACAUGCCGAUGCUGCUCAAAUUCGUUUAUGGGACAUUCAAAAUGGAUUUAAACCCAUUGAUAUUGUGAUGGGUCAUAAUUUAACAGUGAGUCGUAUUGCAUUUAGUAACAAUGAUGAAUGGAUGUGUAGUGUGAGUAGAGAUCGAUGUAUGAUUCUCUAUCAACGAAAGAGAAUGAGUCAUUAUGAUAGUAUUGUCCAUACUAGCAGCAGCACUAUGAAUACUUCCAAUUCUAUGAAUACCACCUUUGAUACCUAUGAGCCAUUACUCUAUCAACAAUGUCAUGAACGUAUCAUUUGGGAUGUUUCAUUUAGUGUGGAUGAUUUAUAUGUAGCUACUGGAUCUCGUGAUAGUACUGUUAAAAUCUUUAGAGUACCUUCUCAAAGCAUGAUUGAAGAGAUUUUACAAAAGAAGGAAGAAGAGAAGAGUAAUCAAGUGAAUUUGGAAUGUGUGCAAAGUAUUGAAAUGCCACAACCUGUCACGAGUAUUCAAUUCAUUCCCAAGUUGAUCUAUGAAGAAUUUAGAGAGUAUUUCCAAAGUCAUAAACUCUCCAUGUACUUGAUGGCUAUUGGUAUGGAAGAUGGAUCCAUUCAAAUUUAUGAUCAUGUUUCUGAUUCUGGAACAGAAACAUCCUCCACAACGAUUCAGUUGAAGCUUUUAUAUUCCAUUCCAAACAAUCAUGCUCAUUCAUCCACAGUACGUCGUGUGAAGUGGAGAGUCGAUGCAUCGGAUCCAACUCGUAUGAAAUUGGAAUUACUUACAUGCAGUUUGGAUUUCAGUGUGAGAGUGUUUGAAGUGAUUCCUUAA